UUCUAGUGCAGAUAAUGUUUGCCUAAUUCAUGAACGGGUCAGACGUCGAUGAGGAGAGAGUUGACGAUAGUAGACUAACACGUGCGAGGUCACGUAGGAUCCCGCACGUGUUCCAGGCCCUACAACCGGAAGACGAAAGACGCAUUCGUGUCGAAUGCAGAGCUCGUGCUCUCGCAGCAUCGAGAGAGGCAGCAAACGGUGCAGCUAGGGAGCAGGCUGCAGCAGCAGCCAGGGCAGCAGCCAUGUCUUCUGCAGCAGCAUCCUUCGCUGCAACUUCUGUUGCGUUCUCGUCUGGACCCCAGUUUGGAAUGCCAACAGGGUCCACGGGCACUUCCAGUGUUGUAGGAUCACGACAGUCUACAAGUCAAAUGGCGGGCUCGCAGUUCAGCCCGUUGACUCCUCACGAAAGGGAGCUCAGGGAGCUCCAACAGGUCGAAAGGAUUCGUGAACGAUUAGAGAGGGAACUGAAGGAAACAACCGAUAGGGAGAAAGAGAUAAAGAAUAGAGCAGCCAGGCUUGAUACGUUAGAGGCUGACAAAGCUAAGUUAGAGGGCUUGGAUGACUCAGGAAUGAAUGAGCCCAUGAAAGUGUUGAGGGACAACAUGUUGCCGCUGCAUGUGCACGUGGACAGCAGGUUGGACUUCAUGCAGAGCACUUUGGACCAGAUCCUGGACAUUUUGACAAGGCCAGGAUUUAGGCCACCAGCGCAAUUGCCGUUGCCGUUAUCGGCGAUGUCAGGCCUCUUUCCAGUUCAAGCUGGUACACAACCAAGUGGCAUCAACUACAGUGAUCAGUUCCUGUUAACUACGUUUGUUAGAUGUUUACCAGAGAACAUUAGGAACUUGCUGGCCAGCGAGGCACGCAGUGAGUACCAUUCGUUUGAGACACUGUCUAGGAAAGCCUUAGAUUUAGAGGCCACGCUAGGCAAUGCUCAACCAACCUCUCAGAAUGACACGAAGAAGAAGAAGAGUCCUCAAGAGUGGAAGAAGAAGGGGGCGAAGUUGAUGAUGGUUGAGUCCGAUGGGACUCAAACGGAGAUUGACGAGAUCGCUGACCUGAUGGACUAUUCAGAGUUUGACGGAGAGGAGGUAGCUGAGGGUAGCACCCUCGCCGCGGUAGUCAAGACUAAGGCAGGUGGCCGAGGGAAAGGCCAACCUAGGAGUCAAGGGAAGGCCGCCUCUAAGCAGACCAAACAGGCUGAAUGGGUUAAGGCAGGUCUUGAUCAAGACGUGUGGCAUGACCGCCGAACGCGUGGCGCUUGUAUCAACUGCGGGGAAUACGGACACUCGCAGUACAAGUGCCAGAACGCGAAGGUUACGCAAAAGGUAACUCCAAAGAUAGGGGCAUCCUAUUCCCAGGCUUCUAGCUCGGGAAACGCGUGAGGCCAGUGGAAGUGUUAGCUGCUUCUACUCAAGAUGAGGUGGGAUUGAUACCCUCCCCACUUCAUGACAAGGCCAAAGCUAAUGACUCCUUAGUCACCCCGCAGACACAUCUAGACCAAACUAUGCUCUGUACGUUAGAUGUGUCUGAAUCCUUAGAAGACUUAGAAGGUGAGUGGUCAAACAAGGACCCUCGCUAGUCUUGGGUGGCGCUGAAGAAAGGUCCUAGAGCGGAGCAUUUCGUGGUGGAAGUGGAUGUAGGAGGCCGCAAAUGUGGUGCCUUCAUAGACAUCGGAUCCACGCGAAAUUACAUAAGUCGCGAUUGUUUGGAAAGGCUGUACCUAUAGGACCGGGUACGGCACCUUAGGAGACCAGUAGCAUCUACUUUGGCCAACAAAGGGCGCAUGAUUGU